AGUCGUGGAGGAGAGCCAAGAUGGCGGCUUCUCUGGGGCUCUGCACCGGUUGGAGGCAGCUCGUGUCUGGCUUCUUGUGGGGCGCCUGGGCUCGGGUUCCGUACCGCGGAUUUCGGCAGGUUGUAAGAAUUACUGAAGGGAACACCACUAUUAUUGAAGGCAAAGUUGUAGAAGAAGAUAUCCCAACCCCGCCAAAUCCUUCUGGCCAAUGUCCUAUCUGUCGCUGGAACCUGAAACACAAAUAUGGUUAUGAGGAUGUUUUACUGCUAAGUCAAUUUAUACGCUCUGAUGGAGGGAUGCUACCCAAGAGGAUCACAGGUCUUUGUAGGACAGAGCACAGAAAGAUUGCAGUUUGUGUGCAAAUGGCUCAGCGAGCAGGUUUAUUACCAGAUCAUAGGCCUAAACUUCCUGAAGGUUUUGUCUCAAAGAGCAAGAAACCAAAGCUCAACAGGUACCUUACCCGGUAUUCUAUCAAAUCUAUGAAACCCAUCUAUAAAAAGGGACCAAGGUGGGACAAGGUUCCCAUGCCUGUAUCACACCCCAUCCUUAGGGAUAAUAUUAACUAUGGGUCAAAACCUCUUCGUUUUUACCAAUGAGGCAGGGUCAUGUUAACAAAAAAAUUGCAACUGUUUGUACCAUCCUGCUCUGGUUCAGAAUUUGUUCACCAUUGUGUUUUGAUGUCCUGUACAGUCUAGAAGCCAAAAGAACUUUUUUCCCUGGAAGCAGCUGAAUGGCUAAGGAAUAGAUAAUCAUUUACUGGAAGAGAUAUCUGUUGGCUCUUGUUAAAUCAAUUAAUGGUUUAAGAUGAAUGAUACUCUCACUUGUACCAUUUGUAUCCUAACAUUUUUAACAAUAAAGAAUAUUUAGUGUUCAA